GGUUCAGACUUUGGUUCAGACUUUGGUUCAGACUUUGGCUCCGACUUUGGUUCAGACCGACUUGUAACAUGAACGUGAAACGCCGCAAAGGCCCGUUGGUUGAGGCCUUGAGAGUACCUACGCCUCGACCUGUGUUACAGCACCUCGAGGCGCACGCCGGUGCCUGGGUCGUGACAAAAUUUCGGGCAAUUUACUCGGGCGACAAGUCGCUCGCCUUCUUCCUAGAGAAUCGGCAGGCGGUGGUGGAUGGCCUCAUUAGUCUGCUGUGGGAGCCGUUGCUGCUGGCGGCGGCGGCGGCCGGCGUGGAUGGGCCGGCGCAACGCCUCGGCAUCCCGGUGACUAGCCGCGGUGGCGGGGGCGGUGCCGCAGCGGCGGUGGUGUGCAUCCAGUUCGAUGCCACCUUCCCGUGCGAGCUGGAGCCUAAGCUGUCGGAGCUGUUGGACGAGGGCGGCGGCGUGGUGGCUCCCGCCGCCGGUGAUAUCCCCAGCCUUCGCUGGGAGGCUGAGGCGCAGUACUCGGAGGCGGGGCCCCCCAAGGGCAAGCGGUGGCUGCGCGUGAGCGGCCUGCCCCACGGACUGCCCGAGGGACUACAGCGGGACCUCGUGCAGCACCUCUUGAGUACCCCAGUAGAGGAGAUUAAGCGGGACGUGUUCUCAUACCAGUUCUCGCAGCCCGUGCUGCAGAGUGGGCAAGUGCUGGUGAAGGUGGGCGACACCGCGCGCCUGCCAUCGGCCGACGACGCUUUCGCGGUGGGACUGGGCAGGUGGGGGCGUCCGGUGAUCUUCCAGCGGGAGGACAUCGAUCGGUACCUCGCGCAGGCGGCCCGGGGGGCCCAGGUGCGCCGGGUGCGCCGCCCGCCGCCUGCCCCGGCUGCCGCCCGAGCGGCGGCCACGGCGGCUCCGGACGCGGCGGCCACGGCGGCCGCGGCUGCGGCCGCGGCUGCGGCUGCGACCGUGAGGGCGACCGCGGCGGCGGAGGCCGCGGCUGCGGCGGUCGCCGCGGCGGUUGCCGCGGGCGCGGAUGCCGCCGCUGUGGGGGUGCUGAAGGCGGCGGCGGCUGCUGCCGCAGAGGCUGUGGGCGUGGGCGUGGGCGACGGUGGCGGCCGUGGUGCCGCGGCGGGCCUUGGGCUCGACGGCCGAGGCAACGGCACCGGCAGCGGCCGCGGCCGCGACGCCCGCCCGUGGCAGCAGAAGGUCCGCGGCCGCGUGGUGUCCGCGGCUGAAGAGGCGGACGCGAUGGUGGUCCGGUCGCUGGUGCAGGCGGUCUUCGCCGCGGUGAUCGCGAACGCGGCCGUGGUGCCGGCGGUGGUGGUUGACCCCAACCCCUUCCGCAUGCUGGUGGACCAGGACGCGAUGGAGGCGAUGCCUGACGACGAUGAGGUGAUGCCGGACCGGACGCCGACUGCGCUGGACGCUGCGGCAGCUGCGGCCCGGCGUGCGGCCCCCAAGCGGAGCCGGGAGCAGGCGCAGGCGGCGGCCGCGGCGGGCGAGGCGGCGCUGGCGCUGGCCAUCCGGGAGAGCAAGGCGGCCAAACAGGCCUUGGCGACGGCGGCGGCGGUGCGAGCCGCCGCAACAGCCGCGGCGGCGGCGGCAGCAGCGGCCGGGGCCACGGGCACCCCGGCGGCGGCCGAGGCCGGGGCGGCCGCGGCGGUGGUCGCGACAGCAGGCGUGAGUGGCACGAUGGCCGCCGUCGAGGUCACCGCUGCGGCGGGCGUGGAGCCGGCCUCGCCGCCGGCCGCCGGCGGGGACCGUGCUACAAAUGGCUCCACAGUUAGCCGCCCUGAAGGCUAAGCAUUUGCAGUAUGUGUGCGAUGCGGGUGUGUCGGGGGUGGGGGCUGCCCUGGCGGCGGGGGCCUUCGUGUGCACCUUGGCCCGCUUGUGGUCGCUGAAAUGGGAGAAUCAUCAUAAGGAAGCACUGUGGCGUGUGGCCGCCAACGCUUGCUGGGCGUUUCCACGGCAUGCUAGCGAGCGGGCGCGAGGCGUUACUGUUGACCCGUGUUGGGCGUGUGGGGUGGACAUGCAGGAUGGGGACCGGCGUCAUUGGUUUUGGGACUGCACUGUUGCGCUGUCACUGCGGGAAAGUAUGGGGAUGGCUAUGGGUUUCCUGCCGGAGGAGGCUCUAAGUGCCUUCUCUCGUGAGGAGUUGUGGUUAGUGCGCCCGCCUGCGGGGCUUGCGCCACCUGUGUGGGAUGUGGUGUGUCUCGCUGCUAUGUCUGCCCUGGACUUUGGUCGGCAGCGUGUGGUUAUGGCCGGGUUGGCGGCGCGAGCGAAGCUGCCGUCGGCCCGGGUGCUGAGCAUUGGACUUGCCGUCGUAGCUGACUUCUGGGGUCGUCUCCAGACGUUUGUGACUUUGGGUAUCAGGCCAAAGGGUUGGGACGCUGUGCCGUUUGCGCAUCCCUUCAUAUCUCGGGCUGUUGGUGACGGCCUGGUUUUGCGCUUGCCGUAUGACGCUGAUUCCCCGCCCCCCUCGCCGUGAGAGGUUGUGCGUGGUUGGUGGCUAUGUGUGUGGGCAGGAUGCACGUGUGGGCGACCGUUCUAGUACCUGGACGCUUGCGCCCUGGUUAGUGCGUGCGCUGUGCGUGUGUCCUGCGGCCUAGACGUUUCCCGGCACUCCUGUGCCUAGGCUUGUGGCGUUGAGGCACAGCGGUGGGGCUCUGGCGGGUUGAGGCUUGGCUAGGACUCACUGUGCGCGGAGUCACACGGACUUUGCCCGCGGGAGGGUUUGCAGCAAAGUCGGGGUUGGGCCCUGAUAGCAUGUGAUGGCUCGGCGUCUUCGGGAGCUGGGACUGUCCCCUCUGUAACAUC